CAAUCGUUAUCGCGCAUCGCACCACCAACCACCAGGUAACAUCAUGUUUUGUCUGAAUUUCUUGUUAGUAAUUGGCACAGCCACCGCUUUAAAACUCCUAGAUAGAGGACAAUUUGACUUGGAGCACUUUGACAUACGCAAUCUCUACAACGAGUACGUUCAGGUAUAUGGGAAAGUGAGAAAUCCCGAAGAGUACCCGAAGCGGCUAGAUAUUUUUAAGAAAAGCUUAGAAGACAUAAGAGAACGCAACGCUAAAUAUCCACAAGUCAAGUAUGGGCUUGACCGUUUCUCGGAUUUGACGGCCGAGGAGAAACAACGUUACUUUGGCUCGUUACCCUUUGACGAGACACUGGAAGGUCUGAUGACCACACUGGAGUAUCCUCCAGAAGCCAUCACGGCUCCUGACGAGUGGGACUGGAGGUUGCACAACGCAGUCACUGAUGUAAAGGAUCAAUUAGACUGUGGUAGCUGCUGGGUUUUUAGUGCGAUUGGGAAUAUUGAAGGGCAAUACGCAAUUAAAUAUAAGGAUUUGCUAUCUUUUUCGGAGCAACAGAGUGUGGAUUGCGUCAAGCCGCUCAUUUGGAAUACUAACUGCGACGGAGGGUGGCCGCACCGCAGCAUGACGCACUACCAGGUUACCGACAUUUUGGAUGAAUCAGCCUACAUAGUAAGGUUGGAGGGUGAUUAUCCAUAUAUUGGCUAUGAGCAUAAUGUAUAUUGCAAAGAAAGGGAGAGAAGAAUGCAAUAUACAGGAAUAGUCGUAACUUCGGUCAAAGUCAUUCAAACUGAUGAAGAGUCAUUAAAACAACUAUUGUACGAAACUGGGCCUUUGUCAACCCUUAUGGAUAUGUAUGACCUGGAGGGCUACCAGAAAGGCAUUAUUCAUCCGCACAAUUGCAAACACAAUAUGAAUCACGCCGUGCUGCUAGUUGGAUACGGGAUAGAAAACGGUACCAAGUAUUGGCUUGUCAAAAACUCCUUUGGCCCUAAUUGGGGAGAAUAUGGCUACUUCCGCAAUCUACGAGGAGUAGCAGCGUGUGGUAUAGGCGUACAUUACACUGCUACGGCCACUGUAGUUCAAGAUAAAAGACCGCACAUCACACCGCACUGCACGCAUACGGUGUGACGUCUGCUAUAGGAAUUCAAACAUUACAACGCGCAGCUACAGUUUUUGUUAGGCAAAUAUGACUAAGCUUCUUUAUUCAUUCAUUCAUAAAUGUAGCACGCACUCAUUAAUAUUCUCAAGAUAAGGAAGGGCGGUACCCCCUGGCACAGGCCUCUUAAAGCUUAACAGGAGGUUCCAACCACUACCUUUAAGAUGAUGAGAUUGUUAAAGAAAAUAAACAUUUUUGAUUUUUGAUUUUUUUUAAUUCAUACAACACUGAUUAAAAAUGUUCAAUAAAUUUA